UGCUUACAGAUUUUUCAAAAUAAAAUAUGACAGCUCUGCAUCACCUUUUGCUGCUGAUGUUUUCUUGUGUUCGAUUUGUAGAAGCAAUUUCUACAUUUUAACUGUUACAAUGGACGAAAACAACUCCCUAGUGUAUGGAUUAGAAUUCCAGGCACGGGCACUAGCUGCCCAGCAAGCUGAAAGCGAUAUUAUACGGUUUUUCGUGGCCACGCAAUCUCUUAAACCAAACAACCAACUUCAUGUAGUGAACUUGAAUGAAAACACGACGACGCUUGAGGUGAAAGUAUUUUCGCAUCCCCUGGGAGAAGUGUGGAAAUUGAACGCUAGCCCACACGACCACCGAAUUAUUGCAUCCUGUUACAGUAUUUUAAAAGGCACCCAGGCUGUAAUGCAAACUGCUUUGUUGAGGCUACCAGAGCAGUUGACAUCGGGAGAAGAUAGUCAGGAAUUUUUAAAGUUUGCUGAUGAAGAGAUCCUACAAACCGACGGAUAUGGAACCGAGAUACGUACGACCGAGUUUCAUCCAUCGGACGCUGCACUACUUUGUACUGUGAUCGACGGAAAAAUUUUGCUAUUCAAUCGAGCUGAAGCAUCCACCAAAUUAGUGGUGGAGAUUAAUGCUAAAAAUUCGCCCCGUUUCUCCGGUGGACGCUGGUCUCAUUUUAAUCAAGGUAAUCAGUUCAUAACGUUGUCGGACUGUAGCGUACGAUCAUAUGAUAUUCGUGAGCCAAAUCAUUGCGCUUGGGUGAUUGAAGAUGCCCACAACCAGCUGGUUCGAGAUUUGGACUGCAACCCGAACAAGCAGUGUCACAUUGUUACUGGGGGUGACGAUGGUGUGAUGAAGAUCUGGGACUUUCGCAACACAAAGGAACCUGUUUUUGCUCGCAGCGACCAUCAUCACUGGAUAUGGAGCGUACGAUACAACACUUACCAUGACCAGCUGGUGUUAUCUAGCAGCAGUGACGGUAAAGUGCUGCUGACCUGUGCUGGCAGCGUUAGCUCGGAAGCCCCGGAAAGUGGUGAUGAAACAGAUGGCAAAGAAUAUUUGGCGGAUGGUCUGCUGCAGACGUUCGAUCAGCACGAAGAUUCCGUAUACUGUGUGGAAUGGAGCACUACUGAUCCGUGGUUAUUUGCAUCGCUCAGUUACGACGGAAGAGUUGUGAUUUCGAGGGUUCCGAAGCAGUACAAGUAUCAAAUUCUUUUGUAGGCAUACAUUCGUAGUUCUGUGACAUAUUUAUAUCAAAAUGCACCCUAAUAUAUCUUUUUUUGUAAUGACUAAGAUGUUCCACGUAGAUUUUAUUUUAUGAAACAGGAUGAUACUUCGCAAUAACUUAAAAUAAAAAGAAAACGGAGUUUCGUGAUUUUUUUUCA